AUGCAGAUGCCCGGAGGCCACCAAGAUAUGUGGGAGGAACCCGAAGCGUGCGCGGAACGAGAGACGUUCGAGGAGACUGGUCUUGUUGUGAAAGCCAUCGCGCACGGGCCUACCACUGACGAUCGAUUUUUGGAGGAGAGGAAGCAUUAUAAGACGCUUCAUAUAUGGUGCAAGAUGGUUGAUGAGACUGCUGAGCCAGAGGCAAAGGAGAUGGAUAAGUGUGACAAGUGGAUGUGGAAGUCGGCGGAGGAGCUGGAGGAGUAUUAUCACCAAGGCAAGGCGUUUGAGCCAUUGAGGAACCUGGUCAGGAAGGUUCCUCAGAAUGACUUUCUUGAGGAGCUCAGGAAGCGUGCCAGUGCCUACGAGGAUGCUGUUAAGCUAGCUGAGCAGGCUGAGGUUGACGAGCAGACCAAAGUCGAUGAGCAGACUACAGACGCGGAAGUAGACACUACACAGUAG